CCUGUCACUGUAUACCUGACAGUCACUGUUUUUAUUGGCUAUUUGUGUUUACUUCAUACAGGGAUUAAAUAUUGGUUUAAAUUCUGAGGCGUUUCUAAGUGUAAUAAUUGUCUUCAGUAAACAGUCUAACAUUCAACGGAUAGACAUUUGACGAAUAUACGUAUUUGUUCAUUUGUAAGGUGUGCUACCUAAUACUAGAAACACAUUGCCAAAAUAGAAGAGGAAAUAUUAUCGAUUGUAUUAUCAAUAAGUAUUGUACAGUUUAAAACGUAGUGAUAAACCGCUGAUAAAACUUACUGCAAUACAAAUAUGUAAAGAGACCAAUAUACAAAUGGGAUAUUGGUGAGGAUUUGAGUAACUAUUGACCUGCAUUAACAUAUUACUAUAACAAACAUUACAUACCUGUUCUACUGGUAUCCUAGAGGAGGUGUCAAUAUGAUAUGGAAAGUCAUUGUAGGAUUUAGAAACUUUACAUCAAUCCUCAAAUAAUUCCUUUAAAUCGUCAUUGGAUGAUAAAUCUUCAUUGAUGACCUUCUAUAGUGUGUGGCAUUGUAAUCGUAUUGUCGGAUAACUGUACAAAAUCAUAUAGUUUUUGUGUGUAGGAAUUUAUCUGGAGACUAAAUUUAUCUAGAUUCUGCUGUUAAUAAUUGUUUUUGGAUUUCACUAUGGAUGUGGCUAGCAGAGCUAGCAGAGCUUCCUAUAGACCAAAAGUUCAAAGGGUCAAAAGUGCAGAGCUAUCUGAUUUACAUGUAUAUAUAGUUCCGCCAGAUCUGUGGAGAGAAAGAUAUAACAACUUGUUAAACCAGAACGUCACAGAAACAAUCUCUGCAGGAAUCAUCAGGGUACACCCAGAGACAAGAGUGUGCAAUUUACGUGAUGAAUUAGAAACCCAGCUUGGUGCAGAAUUACUACCUAGAGAUUUUAUAUUUCUUAAAAGUGUAGGCAGAAGUAUAACAAGGUUAAAACCAAAGCAAGAGUUCCAGUUAAAAGUCAAACAUUUUUUACCUCCAAAUUCAUAUGCACCAGAGUUAUAUUUAUUAGAAGUAGAGAAUCGAGAUGAUGAAAAUGAAACCACUGGUAGUACUAGACCUACAACAAGAUCACCACAAUUUACAGAGAGUGAGGAUGAACGCCAGUCAAACAGAUAUAGACAAAAGCCUCGUAAUGCCACAUCACCAUAUCGCUAUACAUCUCCUCUACCGAAAAUAAAAAGUGAUAGAGGUGGUUCACAAAAAACUGUUGAAAGUGUAACCCAUUUUGAUCAGAAUGGGGAUACAGAUGGUGAAAAAAUAGUAACUGUAUCUAAUUCUUGGGGUGGAGAUACAAGGAGAUCCCCUCGUCGUAGCCCCCAAACUUCUAGAAGAUCACCCCCUCCACGUUCCCCUCCCCCUCAAAAUGAUUAUUCUCAUAAACACAAUGAAUACCCAUCUCAGCAAAAUGAUUACCCACCCCCUCAAAAUGACUACCCAGAUACUUCACGUUUAAAUGCAAGCCCUACACAUUCAGGGGUUACAGACAAACCAGUGGCCAGUUCACAUCAACCAGUAGCCAGCAAGUAUGAUCCACGUUCAGCAACUUAUACCAACCAAACCAAUGAUUCUGGGAUAGCAGGUCUAACUCCAGAGGAAUACAGAGAAAACUUUGAUGAUGCUGAAAGGAUGUAUCUAUAUAGGAGGAAGAAUGAGUACAACGAAAGUCGGCAGAAAGAACUAGAGAAUCGGCUCAACGGUGAUCGCAUGAAUGGUGAUCUGGAUGACAGCGAUCGUCAACGCAGACUUAGGGAAGAUCAAGAGAGAGAAGAAUGGGAAAGGAAGAAUAGAGACGAAGAUGAGCGCAGACGCAGGGAAGAGGAAGAUAGAAGGAGGAGGGAAGAAGAGGAACGUCAAAGAGAGGAAGAUGAGAGAAGACGCAGAGAAGAAGAAAGGGAAAAGAUGGCUAGAGAAAAAUUAUCAGGUUCAGAUGAAAGACAAUUACAAGGAAGAAUGAGAAAGGGUGCUAGAAGCACACAUUUGACUCCAAUGGAUCCCGAUUGGACAAAACGAGGGGUACAUGGAGAUUAUGACCAGGGUACUGUUUAUCAAGUUGAUCAGAAGUUAGGUCCUCAAGGAGAAAGGGAUGAUCAGACAAGGUCAUAUAGACAAAAUGAUGACCAGGCACGGUCACACAGACAGACUGACAGAGACGAAAGGACAUAUGAACAAAGGGAUGACCAGGCAGGGACAUAUCGACAAAAUGAUGACCAGGUACGGUCACACAGACAAACUGAUAGUGAGGAAAGGACAUAUGAACAAAGGGAUGAUCAGAAAGGGACAGAUCGACAAAGUGAUGAUCAGGCAAAGUCACACAGGCAAACUGAUAAAGAUACAAGAGCAUAUCAUCAAACCGAUGAUAAGUCAAGACAACCUAAUGAUCAGACAAGGGCUUAUGGGCAUACUAAUGAUCAGACAAGAGAAUAUGGUCCAAAUAAUGAUCAGACAAGGGAUUAUGGACAAACUGAUGACCAGAAAAGGGCAUAUAGUAACAGGGAUCAGACAUCAAAUGAAUAUGACCAAAGACGGCUAAAGGGCAGUGUAGCCGUUCCAUCAGAUAAAUUUGUACAAGUUGCACUAAGACCUGACCCAAACCUUAAUGAGCCAAUUUCUGAUAGUGAGUUGUACAGCAAGGAAGACAGUUCAAAUUCUCCAAGAAAUACCAAUGCGCCUGCAAUUAAUUUUCCUCAAAAUAAUAAUACAUACAGACAGGGGAACCAAAAGGAAAGACAUGAAGGUAGUAAUAAUCCAGCAUCUCAUAGACAGAAUGAAAGAGAAUAUAGUGACCAGAGAUAUGAAGCAAAGCAGAACAAUGAAAGAAACAAUGAUGGUCAUGAAGAAAGUCAUAGUUACACAACUGGAAAAGUAUCUAAAACAUUUGUUAAAGAUGGCGUGGAGUAUAGACAUUCAGACGAUACAAAUAGGCAGUAUCAACCCUCUGGCACUGAUAGAAGUGUGCAACAGACUAGAUCCAGUACUAGAUCAUAUCCUAGACAGGAGACCGAAGACAGUGUUAUACCAUCCUCACCCAGCUCGGAAUCUGAUCAGAAACAGUAUCUCUUAAGAAAACAACAGAAAAAUCAGGACAGGACUUAUUCAAGAGUUGCUGAUACUAAAAACCAAAAAGGAAAAAAUAUACACAAAAGUAGCUUCCCUGUGCAAAAUCAAGGAGGAAGACCUGUGAUACAUCGCCGAAAGUCCAAUCAACGGAAGCUGUCUGAUCUGAAUAGAUUCCCGUCCCCUCCUCCAAUGAAUGUAGCCUCAACUGACCAGGAUCUGGAUUCUGGAUCACAAAAUCUUACAAAGGAACAGAAACAAGCUGAAAAAAAAAGAUUAUUACAAGAAUUGGAAGCUGCCAGGGAGGCCAGAAGAGCUAUAGAAAGACAGCGUGAGGAAUUAGUGAAAAAAGCUAAAUUAAUGCAGAAUAAAACACAAAAUAGACGCAACCAUGCUAGAGAUUUAUGGAAAAAGCGUUAUUUUGAGGAAAAGAAGAGAACGCCCCCGUUAGAAGAACAGUGUAAUAAAUUACGACAUGAAUUGGAUGUUAUUCAUAGAAAAUUAAUGAAUGCUCUAGAAGGAAGUUCGAAGGACAAAAAUACAAGAAUGGAAAAUUUAAAACCUUCAAAACAGAAUAAUUAUAAAAUUCAAGCUACUAGACUAACACAUGAGAUAGAUGACUUACGGCGCAGAUUAGAAAAUGCUAAAAUGAAAUUAACAGCAGAAAUGAAGCUACGCAACCAAGCUGAGACAGAAUUAAGAGCCUUAAGAGCAGAGUUAACCCAGAAGAAGAUCCAUUUGACUUUAUCAAGGAAUCAACAAAUGGCAAUGACCCCUGGUGGUGACAGUAGAUAUUUUAGAACACCAGCAUUGUCAAAUAAAGCAUGAUGUUAACAUGUGUUGUAAUUGUUACAAAAUAUCUGUGAUAUCAAUGUGGGAAGUAGAAUACUUAUCAGUGUGAAUGUUUAUUUCAAAUGGUUAAUUUUAUGUUAUAUAUGACAACCAAUAUUUAGAAAUUUAAAAGAUUUUUGAAUAUCAAUAGGGAUUUGUGAAAAUAUAAAAAAAUAAAAAAUAUAACUUCAAUAUUGAAAAGUUGGAUAGUAACGUUCUUAAUUACAAAUCUUUUUUCUUUAUAGUUUUGACAUUAAAAUUCAAAAUAUUCAUGUUGAAAUAUUUUUAUUUUAAUUUUCAAGAAUUUUUCUGAAGCACAUUUAUGUCCAGCUAAUCAUUUUAAAUUUGUUGUAUUCUUCAAUACAAAUAAAUUCUUUAUAACUUGAAAUCUUUGAAAAGCACAAGAAGAUCCAUGUUUAAGAUUCUUUUUUUAUUUUUUACUUAUAAAAAUUAGGUCAGGAAAAUUAAGAUCAUUUUUUUGUUUUGAUAUGUUUGAAUGAAGACUUUUUAUAAAAUAUUGAGAGAAAAGGGUUCAAUGCAUUAGUAUUUGGAUAAAUAUAUCAUAAGUAACACAUUUCUUUAAUUAAUUAUCAUGAAAAAUUGCUUGUCAGAAGUACUGAAUACAAAUAGUCAUUUUCUUUACAAAUUAGUAUUAGAUUUUAUAUAAAAAAAAAGAUAUUUAUUUAUUACUGUAUCAAUUAUGCUCAUUACAAUUAGCGGCCAAAUCUGUCUGUAGUAUUUUAUGUUAGUGUUCUGUCUAUAUUUUCCCCCAUAUUUUGCAAUGCUCAGGAUAUAUAUGUUUUAGUGCUUGAAUGUUCGUUCUUUCCUUCAUAUUUUUUCCUAUUUGAAAAUUACAAAAAUGUACUUUUUUUUUUUUAAAGCAAUUGACAUUUUAUUGCAAAUUUUGCUCAUUUACAUAAAAUCUUUAUUUAGAGCAAUUCAAACAAAAUUUGAUUUAUUGUAAAAGGCAAAUAAUUGUUUUAGUAUCUUUUGACCAUAGGCUCUGUUGAUAUUACUUAAUGCUUCUUCAGUUGUUAUCAUCAAUUAUCAUAAAAAAAAUAUUAUUGUAAAAUGAACCCUAAAAUUUGCCAACAUUUCAUUUAUAUUAGAAUGUGAUUGUUUUGCAAGAAUGGUGUUUCUAAAUUCAUCAUUUUAAAUCCAACCAUGUCAUAUUUAAUUUAAUCAGGAAUUACUUUUAAUGUAAUAAAUUCAGCGAUUCAUUAGGCUUUCGAAAUUAAAAUAAAAUCUAACCCAGGAGUAUUGUGCUUAGUAUAACAAAAUAGUAAAAGCAAACUUGUUCAUUGUUAGAGGACUACAAAGUUAGAACCUUACAAAUAUAUAUAGUCUUGAUAGUUAUGUAUUUUAAAGUUUUAUUUCUACAAUUUGUGCUGGUGUUAUAUGUUUUGUUUUUGUCACUUAAUCCGUCCAUUCUAUUUUGUGUACCAUUUUUAAGAAGUUUAUAUAUUUUUUCAAAUGCCAUUUUAUAUAUUUAAUCAGUUGUAACUGGUGUAAAUUAUUGUACAGGAGAUAGUUUGAUAAAACUUCUUUCUAUAGUA